CGUAUUCGGAGCCUGUACGUUUAAGAAAAGAAAAAAAAGAGAAAAAAAAGCAGCAAAAUGGCAGCCGGGGCAGAGCACGGGCUGAAGAAAAUAGUUUGGCAAAGGAUCAAGGACACUAUUAUCGCAGACUGCAGAAAAUCAGAAGUAUGGAAGAUAAUGAUGCUGGACAGGUUCACCACACGGCUCCUGUCGUCGUGCUGUAAAAUGGCCGACCUGAUGUCCGAGGGCAUCACUAUUGUGGAGGAUUUGCUUAAAACUAGAGAGCCAGUCCUGGAGAUGAAGGCUAUCUACUUCAUGUCUCCUACUGCCGAGUGCGUAGAUGCAUUCAUAAACGACUUCAAGCUCAAACCCAAGUACAAAGCUGCAUACGUGUACUUCACUGACUAUUGUCCAGAUGAGCUGUUCAACAAAAUGAAACAGUUCUGUGCAAAACACAUCAAAGUGUGUAAAGAGAUCAACAUCUCCUUCCUUCCCUUAGAGACUCAGGUGUUUACCUGUGAUAAACCUAAGGCCUUCAAAAGCAUCUACAGCAGUAACAGUCAGGAUCGAGGGCUAACCCUAGAGACCAUCGCAGAUCAAGUCGUCAGUCUGUGCGCCACCCUGGAUGAGUACCCUGGCGUCCGAUACAGGAAGGACUCGGUGGCGGAUUAUGCUAAAUUGCUGGCUGAGCUAGUGGACAACAAACUAGCCCGACAUUAUGAGCUGGACGACAGCAGCAAGAAGAAGGAAAAGACCCAAGCUCAGCUAAUCAUCAUCGACCGUGGGUUUGACCCCGUGAGCCCGAUACUACACGAGCUGACCUAUCAGGCCAUGGUUUACGACCUUAUACCCAUCAACAAUGACACCUACAGGUACAAAGCGAAGGACGGACCAGAGAAAGAAGCGUUACUGAACGAUAAUGACGAGCUAUGGAUGAAGCUGCGACACAUGCACAUCGCCGAGGUCACCGCGCAAAUUCCCAAACUGGUGAAGGAGAUCUCUGCUAACAAGAAGCAGUCUGAUGGGAAGAUUUCGAUAGGAGGUUUAGCCCAGCUCAUGAAGCAGAUGCCCUCGUUCCGUAAACAUGUCUCUCAGAAAACGGUUCAUCUCACUCUAGCAGAGGACUGCAUGGACAAGUUCAACAACUCCGUGGAGAAGCUGUGCAAAGCUGAGCAGGACCUUGCUGUCGGUGCUGACGUAGAAGGUCAGAAGGUGAAGGACCCUAUGAGGACACUGCUGCCCAUCCUGCUGCACCCCCACAGCACCCAUGACAAGAUCCGUGCCGUGCUGCUCUACAUCUUCAGCCUCAACGGAACGACAGAGGAGAACCUGAAUAAGUUAAUUCAGCACGUGAAGAUUGAGGCAGAGCCAGAGUACAUCACCAACUGGAAAGACUUAGGGGUGCCUAUCAUCAGCUCGCAGAGUAUGUUCUCUUUCCGGAAGCCGACCAGAAGAGAUCGGUCCCAGGAGGAGACGUACAACCUCUCAAGAUGGACACCGGUUAUCAAGGAUGUGAUGGAGGACGUGGUGGACAAUAAGUUGGACACGAGAGAUUGGCCGCACCAGUCCGAGUGUCCGUCUGCGUGGAAUGGAUCUCGAGCUGUGAGCGCACGGCAAAAACAUAAGCCGAGCUCCCCGGAUGACCACAGGAGUGGCUCCCGCCUCAUCAUCUUCAUCCUGGGCGGAGUCAGCUACUCAGAGAUGCGCUGUGCCUACGAGGUCUCCAAAGCCAAGUCCUGCGAGGUCAUCAUCGGUUCCACUCAUGUCCUGACUCCCACCAAACUGCUGGAGGACAUUCGAGACCUGAGCAAAAAAUCCAUGGAGACUUUCACAAUAGUGGACGAGAAAGCCAGCUGCUGAGUGUCGGGAUGUUGGAAACCCUCAUGCUUCCUCUCCUCAUCCUCUUCCUACCUUUACAUUCCCCCCACACACACCCCCCCACACUUUCUCUUUCUCCAAAGCAUCCAGCACUCAGUCUCUCUGCUAGAGGAUUGAAGGGAAUUCAGAUGUGAUCGGUUUUUAAGGGCUUCCCCGAGUUCCAUUCCACUCUACAAACCUGGGACAGGUAAUCACGAGCUAUGAGACUACCUGCCUCAGGCAUAAUAGAAGAGCGUGGACGGACAGGAAGGAGAUCCGCGAGUACUCGGGCCUCUUCAUACAGCUUGAACAAACGUCAGACUCUAAAUGUUUGAUGACGAUUCGAGCUGUGAUAGUUUAUAUGAGAAAACAUCAAGUGAGGGGUUGGGUUGACAUUGUUCAGGUUGUGUGAAGAUGGCCAUUAAAGGGAUGCUGCAGUGACCAAGCCAACGUGUACACCAUUUUCCUCGACGUUUGGCGUCUGACCUUCGCUUCCUAUGAGGAUAACGUAGCAAAAGAGAUCGUGUAGAAUCGGUCUCACCCGAAACGUGUUUUUGUAAACACGUGCAAAUCUGCAUAUAUAUUCACAAUUGUGCUCUUUUUGUAAAAUAUCAGGAAGAGAUUGAGGAAGAGAUUUGCAGGUUUAUGUUGCCGUUUCUAUGGAAGGAGUCUCCAGUGUCAGUGCUAUGUAAUGGCGGUAAGUUUAUGCUUUGCGGAACAGCAGAUUAUAGCUGCUAUGACGUAACCGGAACCGACAGGUUUUUCCGAAUUGUUCUAUAACUGGAUGACGAUCUUUAUGAUAAAAAGCCGUGGUCGAUUGCUGCGACAUUAGAGGAAUAAAACACCUCGACAUGCCGUUAGAGGAAAAUCCUGUUUAAAAAUUUAAACGAAAGUGUGAUUCGCGGUGUCCAAUGUGGCUGCCUCUAGAAUGUUAUAGAAUUCAGUUACACUUUCAGAUUCAUUCAUGUUUGAAGAAGAGAUUCUGUGCGAGGGUUUCUAUCGCUACAUUAGCUUUGUAGCAAAUGAGUCAGACACCAGAUGUGUGUGAUUUUUGGUGUAAAUUUGACUUUUCACUUCAGCAACUCUUUAACAUGACAUUAGUGUCAUGUCGAAGCUGAUCAUUAUUGUAAGUAUUUAGUCAACAAAUUGUGCUAAUGAUGGCACCGUCUGUGCUUAUUAACCUCCUUGUGUAUUUCUACAUUACAUUAAAUUGCGGUUAGAGUUCCUACUGCUGCGUUUCUUUCGCGUCUUUUGUUCUGUAAUUAUCUCUGCACUGCUUUGUGUGACUACUUUUGGGUAACUACACGCACACUUUGAUCGAAAAGCAGCGCUGUUUCAUCACGACCCGGUGUAACUGUAGUCCAGAUUUAAUAUAUUCCUAAUAUGUACUGAAUUCUGGGGCUGUACCAUGGAGUCUGCUUUAGUCCUCCAGGAAAGAGAACUGUGCCUCUAAUUAUGCAAAAUUAUACUUUUUUUUUAGUGGCUGAUAUUUCAUUUUAUUUUUACAUAUAACACAUUAAAGACAGGAUCGUUUCCCACAACCAGCUCUGGGCCUUAAUUCGUGUGCCUUGUUUGAAUUGUAUAACAAACUGUACAUACACUAUACUUAUACGUAUGUCUGUCAAGAAUAACCAUAUUUGUGUUUUGUUUCAUUGCAGUUGUGCACAUGACUGAAUUUAUUUUUUAACAAAUGUAAUUAUUAACACAACUUUCUAUUGAACAACUGACAAGUAAACGAAUGACGUGG